AAGCAAACCAUAAGAAAUUUGCUGAUCCACCUUUAAACCCUAAACCCCUAAUUCCCAAUUCCAAAUUCAUCGGAAAACGAACAAUCAUGGAUCACAUAGCUGCAGCAGAAGAGGCAAUGGUGAACGAGAGGCUGAGACGGAAGCUCAACGAGGUCAACACCGCCGCCCAGCAGCAUCUCGCCGCCGUCCAGGACCACAUCAAUUUCACCCUCCAGCAAUCGUACUUCAAGUGCGCGUACGAGUGCUUCGAUAGGAGGAUGAAGCAGGAGGAGAUAAGCAACUGCGUGGAGCAUUGCAGCGUGCCCGUGCUCAAGGCGCAAAAUCUCGUCGAAAGCGAAAUGGCUAAGUUUCAAGAACGAUUGAGCAGGUCUCUGGCAGUCUGCCAAGAUAAAUAUGAGGCAGCCAAGCUCCAAACAAACAACAGCAGUGCUUCCCGUGGCGAUUUGGAGUCAUGCGUGGACCUCUCUGUUAAAGAAAGCAUUGAUCUGAUCCCACACGUUGCUGGAAAACUGAAAGCGUAUCUGUCGAUGGAUAAUUAGAAGCUACAUCACCAUGUUCUUUUUUCUCUUUUGCCUUAAUAGAUGGGAUGAUCAAUAUUUGAUCUGUAUUAUCAUUCACAAUGAAGCUACUACCAUGAGAGGGAAUACCAUAAAAGUUCUUUUCUGAA